GACGGCUGGCGCCUCCCCCGCCGGGCGGGUGAAAAGUGCCGUUUGCCUGCAAUGGGGGACGGGACCCUGCCCUAGCCGAGAGGGAUGGCUGAGCCCGCGGGACCCCAGGCAACCAGCUCCUAGAAACACUUGGAUGACUGGAAUUCAAGAUAUUUGGUUCAUGCUCUUUCAUUGAGGUACAAGAAAUAAGCGCAAGAAAUUUCUCCAAUUCAGUUAAAAAUCUGUCAUCCUGAGCUCUGCUUUGAAAAGAAAUUGAGAAGCCUCUUCUAUGUAGAAUUCAAAUAGACAUUUGACAGUUGUCUUGAAUGAAAAUUAAAGAAAAAAUGUCUGUCAUAGAUCCUUAUCAACACAUUGUGGUGGAACACCAGUAUUCACACAUAUUCACUGUGACAGUAAGGAAAGCCACAAAUGUCACAAAAGGAGCAAUCGGUGACAUGCUUGAUACUCCAGAUCCCUAUGUGGAGCUGUUCAUCCCAUCCGCCCCUGAUUGCAGGAAGAGAACGAAACAUUUCAAUAAUGAUGUGAAUCCCGUGUGGAAUGAGACCUUUGAGUUCAUUUUGGACCCCAACCAAGAGAAUGUUCUUGAGGUUACUUUGAUGGAUGCCAACUACGUUAUGGAUGAGACUCUUGGCACAUCCACAUUUCCUGUAUCUUCUCUGAAACUGGGAGAGAAGAAGGAGGUCCAGUUAACUUUCAAUGAUGUCACAGAAAUGACUUUGGAAUUGUCUCUUGAAGUAUGCUCUUCAACCGAUCUCCGGUUCAGCAUGGCUCUGUGUGAUGAGGAGAAGAAAUUCCGGCAACAGCGAAAAGAUAAUAUCAUGCGCAGUAUGAAAACAUUUCUAGGAGAGGAAAACAGCAAGAACUUGACGACGUCCCGUGAUGUACCAGUGAUAGCGAUAUUGGGAUCGGGAGGUGGAUUUCGUGCCAUGGUAGGCUUUGCUGGAGUCAUGAAAGCACUUUAUGAAUCAGGAAUUUUAGACUGUGCAACUUACAUUGCUGGUCUCUCAGGAUCCACGUGGUACAUGUCAACUUUGUAUUCACACCCAGAUUUUCCAGAAAAAGGACCAAAGGAGAUCAAUGAAGAAUUGAUGAACUCUGUGAGUCACAACCCACUUCUGUUGCUCACUCCUCAGAAAGUCAAACGCUACAUUGAAGCACUGUGGAAUAAGAAAAGCUCAGGGCAGCCUGUCACCUUCACAGAUAUCUUUGGAAUGCUAAUAGGCGAAACACUUAUCCAUAAUAGAAUGGACACCACUUUGAGCAACAUGAAAGAGAAAAUCAAUAAUGCACAGUGUGCUCUCCCACUCUUUACCUGUCUUCACGUCAAACCAGAUGUCUCAGAGCUUAUGUUUGCGGACUGGGUGGAAUUCAGUCCAUAUGAGAUUGGUAUGGCAAAGUAUGGCACUUUUAUGUCUCCUGAUUUGUUUGGAAGCAAAUUUUUUAUGGGGACAGUGGUGAAGAAGUAUAGUGAAAAUCCCUUGCAUUUCUUGAUGGGUGUCUGGGGCAGUGCAUUUUCUAUAUUAUUUAACAGAGUGCUUGGCGUCUCCAAUUCUCAAAAUAAAGGUCCCACCAUGGAAGAAGAAUUAGAAAAUAUUAGGCUGAAGCACCUUGUAAGCAAUGACAGUUCAGACAGUGAAGAUGAAUCACAGCAUCCAAAAGGCACUGAAAAUGCUGAGGCAAAUCGAGAAUAUCAGAACAGCAGCCAAGAAAGCUGGGUGCAGAGGAUGCUGAUGGCUUUGGUGGGUGAUAGUGCCCUUUUCAACACGAGGGAAGGGCGUGCUGGGAAAGUGCACAACUUCAUGCUGGGAUUGAACCUCAACAGCUGUUACCCACUCUCUCCUCUGGCAGACCUUCUCACUCAGGAGUCUGUGGAGGAAGAUGAACUAGAUGCAGCCGUUGCAGAUCCUGAUGAGUUUGAGAGGAUAUAUGAGCCACUGGAUGUGAAGAGCAAAAAGAUUCAUAUAGUGGACAGUGGGCUUACAUUUAACCUGCCGUACCCACUUAUCUUAAGACCUCAAAGAGGUGUUGAUCUCAUCAUCUCUUUUGAUUUUUCAGCGAGGCCGAGUGAUUCCAGUCCUCCUUUCAAAGAAAUUUUACUUGCUGAAAAAUGGGCCAAAAUGAACAAGCUUCCUUUCCCGAAAAUAGACCCGAAUGUGUUUGAUCGAGAGGGCAUGAAGGAGUGCUAUGUUUUCAAACCAAAGGACACCUCUUCGGAGAAAGACUGUCCAACUAUAAUCCAUUUUGUCUUGGCCAACAUCAACUUCCGGAAGUACAGAGCUCCAGGCGUUCCAAGAGAAACACAGGAAGAGAAGGAUUUUGCAGACUUUGACAUUUUUGACGAUCCGAAUACACCAUUCUCUACCUUCAACUUCCAGUAUCCCAAUGAAGCUUUCAAAAGGCUUCACGAUCUCAUGGAGUUCAACACCCUCAACAACAUAGACGUGAUCAAGCAAGCUAUGAUGGAAAGCAUUGAAUACAGAAAAGAGAAUCCCUCUCGCUGCUCCGUGUCUCUCAGCAGCGUUGAGGCCAGGAGAUUCUUCAAUAAGAACAAUCUUAACAACAACCAUACGUAAAGGAUGCGUUGUAGGUCCCACUCCUUCAAGAAGCUGGUUCUGUCUUUAUAACUGGAGUCAAAGAGACAUUGUCAGAGCGUUGCUGCUCCUGAACAGGACUGUGCAAAACUCUUGAAAACAUUUUCUUGUGAAUUUUCAAAUUUCAAUAUAAUUUUAUACUUCUUUUUUUAACAACUAAAAACAUUGAAAACAUUUCAGUAUGCCGGUAUCCUUAUUAUGGAAACUAUGGAAUUAGUUUAUUUUGACUAUGGUCAUUGGGUUCAAUGUCUCUUUUUUUUCCUCGCAAAACUGUAAACACUGGUUUCUUGUCCAGGGGCAACUGUCUGAAUUUUAAUUGAUGUAAACUGGGACUAUCUCAAAAAGUAAGAUGGAAUUAGAAGCACAAUAGAAUGAAACUUUAGUAACAGAGACAAUAUGUACUACCUGGGUUUGGGCCCAGAUUCCACUCUGCUUUGUAGCAACAAGAAGGUGUCUUCUGGCUUUGGUUUGAGAAGUCACUACUUGCUAACUCCUGCUGGGCAGCAGCAGCUCCCUGGUCUAUUAAGUCAAUGCUGCUUAACUAGCUCUGUUAAGAGUGAUCUCUUAAACUGGACGAGGUUUUGCUCACUAAUAACUGUGGGCUACUUUGGCCUCACCAAAACUUCCUCAUCAAGCUGCAUUUCACGUUUUUCUUUUCUUGCAUGAGUGGGGUCUCUUAAACCAAACAACGAACAGAUAUCAAAGAAAUGGGGUUCAUGUGUCUUUGAUAUUGUAAGUAGACUCCUCAGCUGGUUAUUCAUGCUAGUAGAGCUUUUGUAACUGAUGCCAAGAAGGAUCUGCUCUUAAAUCUUUUAAUCUCAAAUGUUUUUGUAAAAAUUGAAAUCAGCUUUACUACUGUUUAAGAAUCACAGAAUCACAGAAUGAUAUGGGGUUGGAAGGGACCUCUGGAGAUCAUCUAGUCCAACCCCCCCAUGAAUGUAUGUAUCCACUCAGCCAAAACCCCAACCUCGUACAUUUUCUUUUUCUCUUUUCUUCCACAAAAUUACAUUGCUUGAUUUACUGAGCUAGUAGCACCUGUGCCUUAAAUUAUUAUCAGUUCUUGUAUUGCUGACCAAAACCUCUGUAGAUAAAUUAAAAGUGAUUUUGCCUUUGAUCAUGAUUAAAGGCAUCAGGUUUUUGCAAAGGGAUGGGGGGCAACGUUUACUGGGAAUAGGUAGAAUGUUCCUAGGUAAGAAUAUGAAGUAAUUCAUGGGCUAUUUUUUAAGUACAUUUAAAGACAGUGCAUAGACAUAGAUUAUUUUAGUGCCGUCUCAACAAGUCUUGAGAUAACUCUGCAAACACACAGACAAACCCAGUUGCACCUCUGGAAAUUUCCAGCCUCCUUUGAAAGCAUGUAAUUGGCAAGUGUGUGAUGUGGGAGAGAGCAAAAGGAACCGGCGCGGUCGCUGACGGCCUUGCCCCGUGUGCAAGAUCUAGGAGUCAGACAUUUUUGGGGGUGCUUGGCUGGUUUGUUCCAUUUCUUUAAAGUCUAUGGCAUUAACCCUCCACAAAUGCAGGUGGCAGUCCCGGCAGCUGCUCCUGAGCUGCUUUCUGCUGGAGUCUGAAGAAUAUGAGAGGGGCUGAGCAGUUGAGUUCAAGGUGAGCUUGCUGUCUCCAAGAGUUAAUGCAAAAGAAGGUGAGAGGGGAAAACCACGUCCCCAUCUGCCCUGCGGGUGGCUUGUCCAGGACUCCUUGCACUCCAGUGCACUCCUUGCACUAGGAGUGUCAUCAUGGUGAAAACAAAGCACUUUUAAAGUGGGGUGAUUUGGAGUGUGGUGCUCAGGAGGCAGGUGUGUUUCUCUGCGAGAGCUGCGAGUGGAAGCCCAGGUUCAAGCUUCCUGUGGCUGCUGGCAGGGUGCAGGUCUCACCCUCUGACUUUCUGCUAGGGCUGUCAGCAUCCCAGCCAAGGUCAUGGUCACCACGAAGGCCACCACUGUGUGCACAGACUAUUUCCAGCACAGCUAGCUUUUGGUUUUGAUCAUUUUCCGACAAACAAUUUUUCUGAUAACUACUCGUUUAUCAGAGUUUAUUGCUAAUUCAGCGGCUCUUCCUUUUAUUGUGAAUUAUUGAGCUGCCUUUGACUGCUAAAAUCUGUAAGCCCGUGGGAAGUAAUUACAGUGCUUUUCUUUUAACAGCCACUGCAUCAUCCCUCCUUAAAUCUCCAUGCAAAGUUAUGUGAUUAGUAAUAUUUUCUGUAUUGAUUAAUAGGUUUUAUUUCUGUUUGAGUUAGUGCAUGUUUAAAAUCAAGGGAGAAAAUAAAAGUAACUUAUCUUAGUGCUGCAUAAUUUAAACAUUUUCAAUAAAUUUUGGAAUACAGGAAGAAACUGGUACAGUUAUUGUAAUAUUUUCUUUUUAAUUUUUUUUCCUUUUGUUAACAUAAUAUUUUUAUUUUUUAUUUUAUAAUAUGUACCUACUCUGUUUUAUGGAAGUGUUUUAUCAUGCUUUAUACAGUUUAUAUUAUCACAGUGUUAUUGGACAAUAAAAAAAGAUAAAAUUUAA